AUGGCUCAGGACCAGACCCAGCUGCACCCGCUGGCAGCAGAAGAGCACUGUUUGAAUGCCACGGGCUUGGCUUCUCGUGGCCUCGCGCGACGUCAGCCGCGUUGGGACCGCCCCCACUGUACAAACCUCUGCUGGGCCUCUCCCAGCAGUGGCACCUCGCAGCGCCGCGACGACGGGCCGGUUGGGCCGCAUCCCCAGGUGCUUCUCCCUCGAGCGCGCUCCUGCCCGCUGGGCGGCGACGCCGAGCGGGAUGUCAGGGGCAUCCAGCAGCCAGAGCGGGCGCACGAAGCCGCCCGGGCCAGGGCCGCACCCCGGGCUCUCUGCUCGGCGGAGCGCCCCGGCGGCUCGCCGCCGCGCCGGCUGUGCAGCCGCGCCGCCGCGGCCGCGAGCCAGCGGUAA